AUGAGAAAGUAAGGUAUGAGCCCUUUCAAACUUUGCCAGUGUUUCAUUCUAAGGAGGAGAAAGCCAGGUAUAUUCUAAGUGAGGCUAGGCAGCUGGGUAGUGACAUGACCAAACACAUGAGGAGAAAACAGGAGUUGCAAGAGGAGGUCAUGAACUUUUUGAAAGAUCCACAGGCCAGUCAUGAUGACCAACAUGAGCUUAACACAUUUUCAGGUGCACAGAAUGAAAAGCUUGAAGGCAAUCCACUUACCAGCUCUAAACGCAUGGCUGACAAUGUGGAAUUAGAGGAAAGCUCUUGUUCUAAAGAAGAAAGGUAUGAUGAUGCAGCAGGAACCGAAGUCAAAGAAGACGAAACUUUUCAGAAGAGAAGCAAUGUACAUGUAAGAGAACAUGAUGUAGCUACAAAUAUGAAGGAUAGAGAGUCGGAUGACCUGUAUAACACUGAAUAUGAAGAAGGUAUUGAAUCAUAUCGUGACAUCAUUGAUGAGAUACCACCUGGAGAUCUCCGUUUCAUGGACAUGGGCAGGCCUAGAGAAGUGAUUGAGGAGCUGAAAAAGGGCAGAGCUCGUCGGAAGAGGUCACAAAGGAUAGUGGGAGAGGCUGACCCAGAGGUCCCUCCAUCAGCAGUUCCCUGCCAGGGCUGUGGAGCAUACCUACAGUGCUGUGAUGGCAUGAAACCUGGCUUCCUCCCCAGUGCAAAAUUUAAGAACUUGAGUGAGGAUGAGCUGAGAGAGGUAAAGUGCCAACGGUGUGUUCUCCUCGCAAACCACAAAAUAGCCUUGGAUGUUCAGGUCUCCAGAGACCACUAUGUGGAGGUCUUGUCUCCACUUAAGGAAAAAAAGAAUGCUUUAAUCAUAUUGAUGGUAGAUCUCCUAGACUUCCCCUGUAGCAUCUUUCCCAACCUGUUGGACCUUGUGGGAAAAGAGAAGUGGCUGGUGGUGGUGGGGAACAAGUUUGACCUGCUCCCACCGGAUGGCACCACCUACAAGAGGAGAACGGAGGAUGAACUGUUCAUGGCCUGUCUCCGGGCGGGGCUCCAUGACAAUAAAAACAUCAAGCAUGUGUGUUUGAUAAGUGCCAAGACAGGGUUUGGGGUAGAGAAGUUGAUAACGGAGAUCCAGACCAUGUGGGGUUACCGUGGGGAUGUGUACCUGCUGGGAAACACCAAUGUGGGGAAGUCAACGCUCUUCAAGUCCGAUUUCUGCCAGCAAAAGGCAGAGGAGGUGUUCCAGCGUGCAACCAUCUCCCAGUGGCCCGGCACGACCUUGAACCUGCUCCGUUUCCCCAUGAUCAACCCCACGCGGAAGGCGCGGCUGAGCACGCGGAAGAAGAGACUCUGGGAGAGGAAUAAGAUGCUCAGGUCCAAGCCUACAAAACAGAUGGAGCAGAUGGAAAGGAAAGCCUAUGUAGUUGGACAUGUGGGGAGAACAGAUGGCCCAGAGCCGUUAUACGAAGAAGAGACAGAACGAGAGCUUUCCUUCAGCACGUCUCUAAGGAAACUGUCUGGAGAUCCAGACGAUGGCUGGACCAUGGCAGAGGGAGACAUGUUUCACAGACAGGAGCAGGAGGGGGAGGAAAGAGCGAAAUCUAGCAGCCUGGCUCAGGCUUUUGAAGGAGGAAAGUGGGUGUGUGACACACCGGGGUACAUCAAUGAUCAGCAGAUCCUGAACCUGCUGACAUCUGAGGAGUUAGAGAGGGUGGUCCCAUCCAGACCCAUCGUUCCCCGCACGGUCGUGCUCAAACCUGGUCACACCUUGUUUCUGGCUGCUCUGGGAAGAGUUGACUAUGUGGAGGGACUUAACUCCAUUUUCCUGACCGUGUUUUCCUCGGGCGCUCUGCCGCUACACGUCUGUGCGCUGGAGAGGGCUGAUGAUUUAUAUGCAAGGCAUGCUGGGAAAAUCGACCUAUUGAAGGUGCCACUGGGAGGGGCUGAGCGGAUGGAGUCCUUCCCCCCACUCCAGCCAACUGAAGUGACCAUCACAGGUGUGGACAACAAGUUUAGUGCUGCAGACCUGGUGAUGUCGUCAGCAGGUUGGAUUGCAGUGACUCCAGACAAGUGGACCACAGCCCAGUUGAGAGUGUACACACCAGGAGGCCUAGGCUUCCAUCUACGCCCCAAAUCUCUCCUCCCAAAUGCAGUCAACUUCAAGGGAAAGAGAAUAAAUGCAUCGAGUUGUCGAGCGUUCUACCGUCCUAUUGCAAUACAGAGGAUCAAGGAAAUCUCUCUAAAAUAUAAGUAGUAAGAUAGCCUCAGUAUUGUCAAGUGUAAUUUUGCAAAUUGUGGAAAGUAUGCAAAAAGAAAUGUUAGUGCCACAGAAAGCUGUAUUUCAAAUUAAACAUACAAAUUUCAGAUGAGCUGAGUCCUUUACAGUGUGCUAGUAUUUUUCUAUUCCAGAGGGUGUCUUGCCUUUAAUAUUGUUUGUCAAUUUAAAAAGAUAUAUUUUGGGGCUUCUAUCUUUUACAGCAAUAAAGCUCAAAAUCAGCAGAGAUGUGUAAUCAAAGCAUGUGUAUUCAACAUUGUACAAAAACUUGGCUCACGUGCCAGUUUUGGUCCAUGAGUUGAUCAAACCUCUCAGUCUGGUCUUAUGCAGCUUGUACUUAUUGUAAAGAAAUGGUGCGUUAAGACAUUUAGGCAGUUGUUACCAAUUAUGCAAAACAAACAUAACGUUACAAUAUAUAUUACAUGUACAUGUAAUUGUGUACUACAAAAAAUACAAAGCAACUGUCAUUUUCCAGGAUAUUCAUUGAAUUCAGACAAUCACUGAAAGGUGAAGGAUAUCUUAGAAAGGUGACUUUAAAGUUCUGAUGAAGCUCUAUGGAAUUAAAGAGGUUCAAUCCAUCUCUGAAUGAAUGUUAUCAGUGAGAUAAUGAAUACAUGUAUUGAUAAGAAAGGUGGAUUACAUUUUGUAUUGUGUAUGAAUGGUUGAAAUUCUCAGUGAGCCAAGUUUGUUUCAAACAUGAUUGUUCAGUUCUCCUUAAGCCCAUAGCCUUUGGGUCUUACUAUGUUUGAGACCAGGAGGCCAAUCCGUGAUUUACUUAGAUUUAUCAGCAUUCUGGUUUCUAUUGGUCCGGCGUCACCUUUCUGCUGAUGUUCUGCUGCAUCCAUAUUUGCUAAAUGAGGGUUUUGUGGGUGUUUGACCCGUUGGUGGUUCUUGUAUAUAUUCAGGCAGAGACUGUAUGUGCUACUAGACAAUCUAUUCAGUAAAGUGUUAGUAGGGUACAGUUCUGCGUGGGUGCUCAGUCCAGUGUCUGAUGGGAAAGAGGUCGAGUGUCCUUCAAGGGUUGCUGUCUGAGCACAUGCAUAUGUUGGACUAGUCUAAGUUACAGAGAUUAAAGGGGUGUUAACGGCUAUCUUA